GGGCAAGUCUCGUUCUUCCAGCCGCUCGCCUUCCCCUUCGCGCUGGGCGCCGCGCAUGUGCAGUAGGGAGUGGCGCGAGCCCGCGGCUUCCGGCCCGAGAAAAUGAUGCAAGGGGAGUCAAGUCCUAGUACUUCCCUUAUUGACAGAACCAUCAGGAUGAGAAAAGAAACAGAAGCUAGGAAAGUGGUGUUAGCCUGGGGACUCCUAAAUGUGUCUGUGGCUGGAAUGAUAUAUACUGAAAUGACUGGAAAAUUGAUUAGUUCCUAUUAUAACGUGACAUACUGGCCCCUCUGGUAUAUUGAGCUUGCCCUUGCAUCUCUCUUCAGCCUAAAUGCCUUAUUUGAUUUUUGGAGAUAUUUCAAAUAUACGGUGGCACCAACAAGUCUGGUCGUUAGCCCUGGACAGCAGACACUUUUAGGGUUGAAAACAGCUGUGGUGCAAACUACUCCUCCACAUGAAUUGGCUACAACCCAAAUGCCUCCCUGUCUGCUGCCUUCGCCCUCCAUUCAGGGUCAGAGCGUGUUGAGUUAUAGCCCGUCACGUUCUCCCAGUGCUAGCCCCAAGUUCACCACCAACUGCAUAACUGGAUACAGCCCUCAGCUUCAAGGCCUGUCAUCAGGCAGCAGUGGUUCCUACAGCCCGGGAAUGACCUACUCACCCAUCAGUGCUUAUAAUAAGCUGGGAAGCUUUAGCCUCUCUCCGCCUUCUCCGUACCCUGCCACCGUUGGGCCUGUGGAGAGCAGCGGACUGAGAUCUCGAUACCGGUCUCCGCCCAGCGUGUACAACUCCCCCACUGACAAGGAAGGUUAUAUGACGGACCUGCGAACUCUGAAUUCUUUCCUGAGGUGUGAAGAGGAGAAGCAGCAUAGAGUUAAGCUGGGGAGUCCAGAUUCUACAUCACCUUCCACCAGCCCUACUUUCUGGAACUACAGUCGGUCUGUGGGAGAUUAUGCACAGACUUUAAAGAAGUUUCAGUAUCAGCUUGCCUGUAGAUCGCAGGCCCCAUGUGCUAACAAAGAUGAAGCUGAUCUCAGCUCUAAACAAGCAGCAGAAGAGGUUUGGGCAAGAGUGACUAUGAAUAGACAACUUACUGAGCAUAUGGAUUCAUGGACAGCGAAAUUCAGAAAUUGGGUCAAUGAGACGAUAUUAGUGCCACUUGUGCAAGAGAUCGAGUCUGUCAGCACUCAGAUGAGACGGAUGGGUUGUCCAGAACUGCAAAUAGGAGAGGCCAGCAUCACGAGCCUGAAGCAGGCUGCUCUAGUCAAAGCACCGCUCAUCCCAACUCUCAACACCAUCGUGCAGUACCUCGACCUCACACCCAACCAGGAGUACUUGGUUGAAAGGAUCAAAGAACUUUCUCAGGGAGGCUGUAUGAGUUCAUUCCGAUGGAAUAGAGGUGGCGAUUUCAAGGGACGCAAGUGGGACACCGACCUACCCACGGACUCUGCUAUCAUCAUGCAUGUGUUUUGCACCUACCUUGAUUCCAGACUGCCUCCACAUCCUAAGUACCCUGACGGGAAAACAUUUACAUCUCAGCACUUUGUUCAGACACCAAAUAAACCGGAUGUGUCAAAUGAAAAUGUUUUCUGCAUCUCUCAGAGUGCUGUCAACCCUCCCCAUUAUGAGCUGAUCUAUCAGAGUCAUGUCUACAGUCUUCCAAAGGGCCGAAAUAAUAUGUUUCAUACAUUGUUAAUGUUCCUCUAUGUUAUUAAGACCAAAGAGUCAGGAAUGCUUGGGAGAGUUAACCUGGGGCUGUCUGGUGUGAACAUUUUGUGGAUUUUUGGCGAGUAAUGAGUCAGUUAAUUCCAGACAUUUGAACUUGAAUGUGACUUGACCGGAAGUUGGAUCUAAGAACCUCUAAGUCACUAGCUCCUCUGCAAUAAGAUACCCGUAUAUGUGUUUGUGUGUUAAAAACUCUCCAGACUGAACCAAAACUCUGCAUGUGUAAUGUUUCUUGUGAGAGCCCACACUUCCACCAGGAGGAUAGCCUUGGAUUUUAGAUCACAUUUCUGGUUUUCCCUUUGCCUAAAAAAGCUGCAACCCUUCCAAUUGUUGUUGACCCCAUCAGUACAGUUUUCCCCUUAAAGUCCUUUUCCUUACAACGGAACCCCCAAAUGAGAAUCAUUCACCUGAUUCUUCCCCACGAAAGGUGGUGCAUGGGUUUUGGGGUUUUUGUUUUUACAUCUCCCUGUUUAGUAUAAACACUUAAACAAAUGGCUAAUUUAGUUUGAGGGUGUUUUGGUGUUUUUUUUUCUAAUGUCUAUCCUCUAUCCCUGGUGUUCUGCAAAUCACCCCAAGGUUCAUAUUGAAAGUGAUGGGCUCAGUUUCUUAGUCAUUUAUUUGUCCACGUGUAUCAUUUUCUUGUCCAUGUGAGCCAGCUCCUGGCCAAGAUGUAGCAGGCUGGAUUAAGCUGAGUUUGAGCUCAGGGUCUAAGGACAUGAAAAAGCUGCUUUGGUUUUAACAAUAGUUAUUCUGUUAUAUAUUGUUUUAUCGUAAGAGUUUUCUUCUUUAAGAACAUGUAUUUGUAUGAAUUUUUAAAAUAUUUUCUGAUAUCUGGAGCAUGAGAAGUCACCAAGGUUUUAAAUUUUUAUUCCUUCCACCUAUAUUUUCACAUAUACAAGGUCUCGGGGCAGUCUGCAUGUAUUUUUAGAAGUAAUUUAUUUGAAGCUGCUCCUGUCACAGCACAUAAACCUGGACACAGCCUGUGGAUCACACAUCGAUGCUAAUAUACACCUAAUUUUGCAUAAUGUGUAAAUUCUGGUUUUCAGAAGGUUAAUAUUUUUAAAGUCGGGUGUCCAAAGAAAAAGAAUUUCUCUCUUUUGACUUGUUAUCCAUGAAACAUGUUUGCUAUGCUGUAUGGGAAAAAAAAAAGUCAAUUAAAUGUGUUAAUGUAAGAACAUGUUAAAAAUCUAAGUCUGCUAUUACAAAAGAAGAUGUUCAGAGUGCCAGUUUCUGUGCUGCUAAACUAUUCAAUGCAGUUUUCAUUAAAAAAAAAAUAAU